AUGACCACACCAAAAGCGUGUAAAUUUGUAACACCAAAAUGUAAAAACGCUAUCACUCCAAGCACGACUGAGAGUGCUUCUUUGAAUGAAGUUUCUGGAUGUUCUUUCGAUCUAAAUUCAUACUUAGUUAUGGAAGAUUAUCUUUAUAACUUUUUCUCCAAAGACAACAACGAUGGGGUCAAUAAAAAUACCAAAUCUGAACCGGUCAAAGUAGUAUACGCAUCUCACAUGGCACAAGCUGUACUUGGAGAAUAUUUAGUUAAUGAAGAUGCAAAAUGUGUUUCUAAUAACUGUGACUCGUCUUCUGUGCCUCAAAAAGGAGGUCAGAAUCUUGAACAUCCUACAACCAUUACUACUUAUGAAACUGCAAAACCAGAUUUAUAUUAUGAUUACAGAAGUAAUCAUCCAUAUUCCUGCAAACCUUGUGCGUUUUACUGGAAUAAAGGCUGUAUUAAUGGAAAAAAUUGUCUGUUGAGAAACCAGGAUGUCAUUGUAGAAUCUUGCACAGGAUCGGGGAAAACUCUAGCUUAUUUAAUUCCGGUAGUGGAGCGGCUAUGGUUAAAGCUGCACGAAGAAGACGAUUCUUGGUUCACGUAUGAGGCAUUUGAAAAUUGUGUCUACCUGGACGCUACAGUCAGAAAGAUUCACGGUAAGAUUAACAAAGCGAAACGAAAGCAAGCUAUAAUGGCUUCCAGUGCUUCCCAAGAAAACUGCCAUAUUUUGCUAGCUUCAAAUUUGAUAGCUCGUGGAAUUGAUUUUCCGUCCGUUGAUUUAGUUGUGCAAUUUGAACCUGCUUAUGACGUGCAGACAACUACCAGAAAUCUUUGCAAUCUCUGA